AUGGUCAUUUCCGUCAUCAUGUUGUUUGAGAAUCGAAGCAGUUUGAUUCAUAGAAACAAGUUUCGUUUCAAGUCAGAUACAACUAGAAUCCUAUGGAUAAUAGCAAACACAGUUGGAUGCGGUGGAACGUUUGCUCCAGUAUUCUUCAACUUGCCGGAACAAUUGGAAGCAAAAUUGUUAAUAUUGAAGGGAGUUCCCUGUCCUGCCAAAGAGUUUUUCACCGAGCCAAUUCAAGUCCUGACUACCGGAGGAUUCUGGAAUACUUACAUGACUGUUACGUGCACUUUCAUCUACAUAUUGCUAAUCUUCCAAUUAAUUUUCUUCACUUCCUGUUGUAUCUACUAUCUUUUUAUAUCAAAGACGUCACAAGUGUCCUCUCAAACACGUCGGAUUCAAAUCAGAGGGUUUUACGGGAUAGUCUUUCAAACAUUUAUUCCAAUUUUAUUGAUGAUGAUCCCUCUGACUAUUUUCGCCAACAAGAAAAAGGAUGGAAGUUAUGAUCAAGUGCAGAAUAAUGUGAUGAUUAUCACAGUUUGCAUCCAGAACGGGGCAACUAGUCUGUCCAUAGUAUUGGUACAUCAUCCAUAUCGGAAAUUCCUCAAGUCGAUUUUUUGGAGAUCUAAGAAAAAUGAGACUUCAGUGGUUCAUGUUACCAGUGAAGUAUGUACUAGAAGUUAA